AUGCAAACAGUGCCAAGAGCAGCAGCAGCAGCAGCAGCAGCAGCAGCAGCAAAGGCAGCAGCAGCAGCAGCAAAAGCAGCAGCAGCAGCAGCAAAGAGAUUGCAGCUGCAACAGCAGCAGCAAAGUGCUGGCAGCAGCAAGAGAAGCAGCAAAAUGAUAGCAGCAGCAGCAGCAACAGAGGCAGAAGCUGCACAGCAACACCCGCAGCUACUAUUGGAGUGGCGGCGGCUACGGGGGUCGCAGCAGCAGCAGCAGCGACAGCAGCAGCAGCAACAGCAGCAGCAGUAA